GCGGCUAUUUUUAGCAAGUAGCUCACCAGCCGCUCUGCUCUGCUUCCUUUUUUGAGUUCUUUUAUUACUUCUACUUCUGCAACACGUACUAGCUACAGAAUAAUACUUCCGAAGUUAAUAGACACUACAGCAACGAAGAGAUCUCUGGAUAUGGUCAGGCCUUUAAGAAGAAAUAUAUUAGACCUUCGAAUUCAUUCUAAUUUCAAAGCCGAGAUAUUUCGAACAAAAUGUGUAUCUUCCCUUCAGGAUAUUUGCAGAAGGGUGAUUGUUGUUUGUUCGAUAAAAUCUGUUGGUCUUUUUAACGCUGAGUCGGCCAUCUCUUCCCUUCCCCUACCAAGGGCUCUCCUAGAAUCUCUGACGGCUAGUGUGCAUAGACCAGACGAUAUCGGCUUGAGCUUGUGCGAUUCGUUUAUCCAGAUUCCUUCACCUGGGAAACACUCGUUCUACGGGGAACGAGUUGUACUUAAAUGUAUACGGAUGCCUAGGAAAUGGGGACAGCUUUGCGCAUCUGCGAAAAAAUUCAAGGAAGACUGGACUAGGGUAAGACACCGAAAUAUUUCAAAGGUUAUCCUGUGUUUUGAAAAGGAUUACACGAUUGGAGCAAUAUUUGAACCUGUAUCCUGUACGGUUUAUGACAGGGUACAAAUCCAGAAAAGUUCUCGGAAAUUUAUCGAUGAAUGCCACAUAUGGAGAGUGAUUUCUCAGCUCGCUGAUGUACUGAACUACCUAUGCAAGCUUGACAUCCCUCACAGUAGCCUAACCACCCUUCGCAUGUCUGUUACAAGCAACUGGGAUCUCCGCCUCCAUAACAUGCUUUUGUACUUUGAGACUUCAAACCACGCUGUUAUCGACAGAGAAACAUUCUAUGGUAUUUACAGCUCGCCAGAAACAUUGAGAGGGUCCAAGAGUGACAAAAACGACCCGUGGCUGGUGGGGUGCGUAGGGUACGAGCUUAUGCAUCUUGAGACGGCAUACCACUACAGUAAAGGGGUUUCCCCUUUUGUGGUGCUCGAGAGCAUAGUGCAGGGGAAACCCCCGCCGAAAUGGAUGGAAAAUAACGGUUAUUCUAAUGACUUGGCUGAAUUAGUGCGAUGGUGUUUAGCCCACAAUAGUGCGCUGAGACCUUCUUUGAAAGAGAUUUCAGCGAAAACAAAAGCGCUUUUCAAUAUUUGACUCAAAUUCGCAGAUACCGGCCGUUCUAUUGAGCGCGGUCCACCUGUAACGUAACAAGUGUUGCGUGACGGGAGUUGACAGGUGGCGGCUGACGUAGCUUUGUUCAUGUCGAUCCACAAGAAGAUAGUAGAGAUUUCGGGCGUAUCCCUGGCGUUAGAUCAACAACGAUUAUUGAAUCCACGCCGUUGUGUCUGGCCCUACAUAAUCAACGUAAAAUCUGGGCGUCCUUUAUACACCCUUAAUUAAGGGUUCUGUUACUGAUCACCCUUAAUUAAGGGUAUAUCUAAGGGUAGAUCUAACGCUAGGGAUCAUAAAGACACACGCCUAUUCUCUCAUAUUACGCAAAAACUUGAAUAAACGUUAAUUUGAAAAGGGGAA